UUGAUCGCUCCGGGGACAGCGGUAGCUACAGACCUUGUUGACAAUGAAACCAGUCUUUGCUUUAUAGGGGGGUAUAUGAGCCGAUGAGCGCAUUCUGCGUGCGAGAGAGCAGCGGAGAAGUUUGAUCCUCUGCCUUGGCGAGGAAUGGGCGAUGGGAUGUGCUACAGCUUUGCAAUGAGACGUCUGUGCUUCUGUGUCUUGCUUGUGAGCAUCACCUGCCAACUGAGUCUCUCUCAGGAUGUAGCCGGAACUCCCAAACAGACCGAAUUAAAUGACAACAUCACCAUCUUCACCCGCAUCCUUGAUGGACUGCUGGAUGGUUAUGACAACAGACUCCGGCCCGGUCUGGGAGAGAAGGUGACGGAGAUCAAAACCAACAUCUUUGUCACAAGCUUUGGUCCAGUUUCUGACACUGAAAUGGAAUACACGAUUGACGUAUUCUUCCGCCAAAGCUGGAAGGAUGAGAGACUUUGCUUCAAAGGCCCGAUGGAGAUGCUGGCCCUGAACAACCUGCUGGCCAGCAACAUCUGGACCCCCGACACCUUCUUCCUCAACGGGAAAAAGUCCAUCGCGCACAACAUGACCACGCCCAACAAGCUGCUGCGGCUGAAAGACGACGGCACGCUCCUUUACACCAUGAGGCUCACCAUCUCAGCAGAAUGUCCCAUGCAGCUGGAAGAUUUCCCCAUGGAUGCCCACGCCUGUCCCCUUAAGUUUGGAAGCUAUGCCUAUCCUGUCUCAGAGGUGGUCUACACGUGGACUCAGGGAGCAGCCAAGUCUGUGGUGGUGGCAGAGGAAGGCUCCAGGCUCAACCAGUAUCAUCUCAUUGGCCAGACAGCAGGGACGGAGGACAUCUACACCAGUCGGGGUCAGUACACGGUGAUGAUGGCUCACUUUUACCUGAAGAGGAAGAUAGGCUAUUUCGUCAUCCAGACCUACAUGCCAUGCUUCAUGACUGUGAUCCUGUCCCAGGUUUCCUUUUGGCUCAACCGAGAGUCCGUGCCGGCAAGAACCGUCUUUGGUGUGACCACUCUCAGCAUCAGUGCCCGAAACUCCCUGCCUAAAGUGGCUUAUGCCACUGCCAUGGACUGGUUCAUUGCAGUGUGCUAUGCCUUUGUCUUCUCAGCCCUCAUCGAAUUUGCCACAGUGAACUAUUUCACCAAAAGGAGCUGGGCCUGGGAUGGGAAAAAAGCAAUGGAGGCCCAACAGCCCAAGAAAAAAGACCCUUUAGCUCUCUCAAAGAAGCCCAACAACACUUGCUCCGCUGGUGUGAAUUACACAGCCAACCUCACAAAAGAUGCAUCUAUCUCCACCAUUUCCAACAGCACAACUAUUCAGCUCAAACCAUCUGAAAGCAAGGCCCCAGACCCCAAAAAGACUUACAACAGUGUGAGCAAGAUCGACAAGAUGUCCAGGAUUGUGUUCCCUGUGCUUUUUGGGACCUUCAACUUGGUGUACUGGGCUACGUACCUCAACAGGGAACCCGUGAUUAAAGGAGCUGAGUGAGUUCUUCACCUAGGGCCAGUGAUGACGAGAACUUAAUCAAAAAUGAUAAUGCCAAGCACUUUGUCCUUGUAUUAUAGUUGUGUUCUUUUAAGAUAUUUACAAAUUCUUGCAUGUGUGUUGCUUCGGGUAAGUGCUGCCAUGUUUGCCUUGAGUCAGCACAUCUAUGGUUACCAACCUAAAAGAUUAACUUAUUGUUACUCACUCAGAAUUAUUACAGAUUUCUUAACCAUAAUCUUUUUUUUAGCAUUUGGCAUUUCUAUUCUCUCAUUUAGUUUUUCCAUUGGAAAUAGAUAAGCAAGGCCAAAUGCUAUGCAAAGCAAAAUUUGUACUGUAUCAUUCAAAACCGCCUUUUAUCUUUGUAAAUCUUUGCACAGUAAAUAUUAACCUUGAGGUCCAUGAAUGUGAAGUUGGACCAAAUGUAACUUUGCUUUCUUGAUGAACAGCCAUGCUAAUUGUGUUGCCUUCAGAGUGUGAUAACUCUUCAUGAAUGCACUGAAUUCUGCACUCCUGCAACAACUUCUUUCUGAAGCCCAGUUUAGAAAGUUAAUUUAGUGGACUUGGGUCAAUUUUUCUUACUUUUCAAUUUCUGGUGGCUUGUUUUCAAUUGAGUUUAGUUAAGGUGAGCAGGAGAGUGAAACAUACAAAAGCUAAAGUUAUGUGUUUUUAAAUUAUGAGAGUAAAAACUGUGUAUAUAAUUAAGUAUGGAAGUAGUUUAAGAAAGCUGUAUAUUUGCCCUGCUUAUAGAAUAGCACCACUAGGCCAGUAAAGUUAGCACUUAUAUCUAUGUAAUGCUUAUGCAACAGCCUUGCUAGUUGCUAGUUUAGUGCUUAAAAGAAAAUGAGCUAAGUAGUUUGAGCCUUAGCAAGUUUAAAAGAUUAUAUGAUUAUAAAAACAUUAAGUUUGUUUCAUGGAUAUAAGUUUGUUUCUUUGAGCUUCUAAAAAAGUUAGCAUUCUUGAUGAUUAGCCUUGAGCAAAAUCUCUGUUUUAGGAUGAAAAUAAGAGUAAUAUUGGCUGUUAACUGGGAUGUUUAAAACUUCUGAAAUCACUUAUUCAAAUGGCCAUUUUCCAAAGAGAAAUGUUAAACAAUAACAAUAAAGAAGCUAAAAUGUAAUGACUUCAGUUUUGUUUAGCUUAGCUUAGCCUCAUUUAGCAUAAAGACUAAAGACUGGGAAAAACAACUGGCCUGCUGUUACUUAAUUUUAUUCCAUUCAUUUCACUUUAUCAUGUUUUAUUUAAGUUGCUUGGUUCAUUAUAGCCGAUUGUGUAGAAUUACAAUUUCAGGUCAAUAUGUGUUAUAGUUGAAGCCCUCCAUCCUGGCUCACACCUUAUUUAUUCUCAACAAUUAAACUAUAUUGCCCCAGUACUGAGACAUGCUCCUUUAAACACACACUUUAAUGACCUCCUGUUCUGCAUUGAUAGGCUUUAAUAAGGAGUUGUCCCACCCUUUGCAUCUACAGCUGUUUCAAAUCGUAGGGGAAGGCUGUUCACAAAGCUAAAUAUAUGGUGUCCCCAUUUGGACGAUUAUUCUUAACUUCAGAGAACAUACCUCCACUGUUCUCUGGUCCAUUGUCUGCAAGCUUUAUGCUACCACUACUAGCCUUUUCUUUGCUCUUGGUUGAUGUAGGAUUUGGAUGCAGCUGCUUAUUCACAGAAACCCAUUCCAUGAAGAUGUUUACUCACUGUAUUGUUUCUAAAAAGGGCAAUCACCAUAACAGAAUAAUUGAAUGUAAUGGUCUUUUUCUCUAAUGAUCACAAGGUACAAACAUUAUUUUCAACAAUAUUUAUUUUAACGUCUGAACUUUAUCAUGUUACCUAAUGGAGAUGAUUGCGUUAUUACAUUUAAGUAAAACAUAAAUUCUGGCUGUGCUUUAAAAGCAAAUACCUGAAGCAAUAAAUAAUACUCUUGUGAAUGGCAAUUAUUGUUCAUGCUAAAAAUGUCAACAUUUCAACUGUAUUUAAUUAACUUUUCAUACAUUUGGCAGUCAGCUUAUUUUAUUAAAUGCAUUGCUUUAAUUUAUUUUAUCCUAUCUUUUCAACUGUUGGAAAAACAUCACAAAUGUCAAGGCCUGUGCUAAUGUAAAAAAAAAACAACAACAACGCACACUUUGUUCUGUACCUGAUCCCAAUAAAGCUUCACUCGCACCAUC